GUUGGAAAGCCCCUCUGUAGAGUCAUAGUUCACACUUGCACUUCUUUUCCAUAGUUAAAGGGAGGAUUUCAGGAAAAAGAAGAAUCUACGAAUUAGUUAGCUACACAAACGAAACAUACCACCUUAUGUCAUUCUAGGUACUCGGGGCAUACCGCAGUUCGCCAGGGAUCCUCUUCUCAUGCAAAAUCUUCUUAGUCUAUCCCUCUGCACCGAAUAGGGACAGACAAAGCUAUUGUUCACCAUAUAUUGGUCCAGCACGUUGACUUAAAUGGUCCGAAUGCAAGAACGGGAAAUAAGUCUGUUGAUGCACUAUCUCGACGAUGUGUUUCCGCUUCAGUUUCCGUUUCCUGAAACAGCCCACCUCGGAAAGAGAGAAUGGUUGCUGACCAUCCUGAGCUCAACCAAGGCUGUGUACUAUGCUACGUUGAGUCUCAGCUUGCUCCAUAAAGAGGCAUGUCUAGAUACCAGCGAGAUAGAAGAAGGAUUAAUAUGGCGGGAAGAGAAAACACGAUACUAUAUACUGGCGCUGCGAGAAUCACAACAGUUACUGCAAGGGUUAAGAUCCAACACUGGCAAGGACAGCCUUAAGGGACACAUCAAUGCCCUGGCCAACACCGUGCAGUUGAUCAGUUUUGAGUCAUCAUGCCUCAGCAAGGGAGAUUGGCAGAUUCAUCUACGAGCCGGGACAUCGUUAAUACCUGCACUGAUUGAGAGUUGGAAGAUGAUCGUGAGAUCUCACAAACCCACGUCUUCCGUCUGGAGUCGUCUGGAUGCCUCGGACUUUUGUACGAUAGCCAACGGCGACCCCCUUUCUUUCGAAUGUAUUGGCUCUCUAAGAUUCUUCACGAAUAUGCUGGCGGCAUUUGGGGUUCUUUCCUGCGUCUCUCUGGGCCCGAUGGCCCCUUUCAUGGACUACCGAUAUCUUAUGGAUAACCAUGCGGGCCUGAUCCAAAUGGACCAGAUCAUUGGUUGCAAGAAUUGGGUAAUGUCCACGAUCUUGGACGUUGGAAUCUUGGACCAAUGGAAAAGAGAGGAGCUGUCACACUUCAGACUCAGUAUGAAAGAACUCACACGACGGGCGACAUCCAUCGAGAUGGUUUUAGAGAGCGGGAUCAAGGAGGCAAGGAGCGGCGGGGUCGUAGAUAUCGUGACGAGCAUCUAUGCGACCUCGGCGCUUACAUAUCUCCACUCGGUAGUAUCAGGCCUGAAUCCGUACCUGUCAGAAGUCCAGGAUAGCGUGUCUCGGACUAUUACUCUGUUAAAGCAACUCCCUGAUUCGCGGGUCGUCUCCAGUCUAGUUUGGCCCUUGUGUAUUACCGGUUGCAUGGCUUCUCCCGACCACGAAGCAUUCUUUACCGGCAUUAUUCACGCUUCGGGACUCACUCAGCCGGCCUUGCGGAAUGGCUGGUAUGUCCUGGAAAUCAUGGAAAAUGCGUGGAAAAUCAGGGACCUCAUGACCCAGCCAUCCGCGAUCACUUGGGAGGACAUGAUCAAUGGUCAUAACCCGCCCACCCUCCUCAUAUAACGCACACGCUUUAAUGUUUACCUGCAACCUGCACACUACCCAAUUAAAGGAAGUGCUCUCUGUGGCCUUUUCGUUAACGAAUCGAUGCAAGUUUUAACGGCUCCGGUGUUAAGGUGUACCAUGGAUGAAACACAACGCUUGUCCUUCUUCACCAUGAAUGAAUGGUCUUCGCCUGCUGCUCUCUUUAUCCCAUGUAUUUCAUCACCCUUAUGAGUUUAGAUGGAUGUAUAUAACUGAAAGACACAUCCGUAUAUCCAGAAUUUCAAUAAUUGACGCGAUUUUCGAACUGUAGAUGUCCUAGGGAAGGAGGCGGAGCAUGACAACAU